AACCAUCGCUCAAACGCUCACCAGCACCAUGCACGGACAUAUGCCUCCACAGCAGCAUCCGGGGAUGCAUCCUGCACAUCAACCACCUCCACAUCUAACACAUUUGUCCAGCCUGCCGCCCCACAACAUACAGCGCGACCAUCCCGCUAACAGACUGAACAACGGGCGCCAUCAUCAUCCGCGUGGUGUCGAUCAUCAGGCGGCCGCAGCUAUGGCUCCUCACCUUCCGAUGCAAGUUCCACCUCCGCCACACCCCCAGAACCCUCAGAACGCACGGAAGCCACCGGGACCGUCGUACUACGGGAUGCACGGCGGUAGUGUCCCCAAGUCGAUGCCAUUGAAUACGCCCCAUCUGCAUCCAUCCCAGCCAGGACUUGGGGUGGGACCACCACCGCCGCAGCAACCACAGCCCCUACCGCCACAUCAGCAGCACAUGGCUCCGAUGUCGCUCACCGGUCCUGGGGGAAAGCUUCCUUACGGAUUAGGUAAUGGUGCUAGUGGUGGUGGUGGCGGAGGUGCUGUUAGUGGAAGUGGUACUGGAGGAGCAGCAGGAAUGGCACAGCAUCAGCCGCCAGUUUCGGUGCAUCAUUCUGUGACGAUGCAAGCACCACCACCGAUACCGGUCGUAUCUGCGGCGACUCCAGCUGGCACGAAAACGCGUCAUAUCCCAUCGAACACGGACCAUAAAGUUCACCACAGCCAUGGUCACAAUGUCCUCCAAUCGAACGGCAAUUGUGGUCCCAGUUCGAAGGGAAUCGCGAACAUGAAUCAGCCAGCAUCGACGAUGGAUAAGACAAAAGCGUCUGGUGGAGGUACAUCUGGCAGUAGGCAUCACAAUCAUCAUCAUAAUCAACAUCAACAGCAGCAGCACAUCCUGAAGUCAGCUGAUGUUCCACUUCCAAAGGAUUCGUCUGCGGUUAUAGCAGUCACAGCGAGUGCUGCCAGUGCGGUAGUGUCCGUUGCAUCAGCGUUGGUGAACCAGACAGAAUCCAGCACUAGCACCACCCCUGGUACCACAGUGAACGGCGGUGGUGGUGGUGGAGCAUUAUCGGUAAUGACGACGGGCUUGGAACAGAGCGGAACAGCAAUCCAAUCGACGGCAGGAGGACAACACUCACCAACCGACUCGAUAGAAGCCUUGGCAAACAUUAAAGAGAAAACGACCAUGUGUUUAGUUAACGAGCUGGCGCGGUACAACAAAAUCCAGCACCAGUACCGUCUGACCGGCGAAUCCGGACCGGCCCACAAGAAACACUUUACCGUCACGCUGAAGCUGGGCGACGAAGAAUACACGGCGGAAGGUGCAAGCAUCAAGAAGGCGCAGCACAAGGCGGCCGGUGAUGCGAUCGCGGCGACCAAGUACAAGCAUCCACCGGCCCGGACAAACCGUCGCACCAAAACCGGCACCAAGGGCAACGUGAGCAGCUUUACGCCGACCGUCGAGCUGAACGCGCUGGCCAUGAAGCGUGGUGAGCCGACCGUCUACACGGUCAAAGCGGUUCCCGUGCCGGUUUCGAAGUACGGUCCGACCGCUGUUGUCCCGCCAGCAACCGGUGGGCGACGUCCGAUGGAAGAUAAAUCCACACCGAGAGUUGGCCACAAUCCGGCUGGUAUGGGAUACGGGACGGGACAGUACGCGGGCGAGAGUGGUACUGGUGCUGCUGGGACAGCAGCCGGUGGCAGCGGAUACUGGUGCCGGACGAAUGGACCGACGGGCAAUACGGCUGGUGUUGGCGGACGUGGAGGCAUGGGUGGAUUUCAUCCGGGACACCAGCAGCAGCAGCAGCAACAGCAACAACAUCACGGUCAUCAUCCGCGUGACGAACAUCAGAAUCGUCAUCAUGCGCCACAUAACUAUCACCAUCAUCAUCAGGAAGGCUAUGGAGGACAUCAUCAUCACGGUUCAUCGGCAUCGACCACAACCGCAGUUCAGGAGUUCUACAAAGCCACGCUACGGGUCGGAGAACGAACGUUCCUCGGUGAAGGCCACACACCGCAAGCCGCUCGGCACGAUGCAGCCGCUCGAGCGUUGGAGGUGUUAAAGCCGCUAACUACAGACAGUAGUGCCGAAGGAAAGGGUAAAUCCGGCGAAAACGGUCUCAACGGUGAAACUACUUCAAACGACGGUACAUCAGCGGACGGGUACGAUCCGAACGCGGAAGUCAAGUCACCAAUUUCGCUCGUACACGAAAUCGCUGUCCAGCGCAGUCUGUCCGUCGUGUUUGAAGUCAUCAGCGAAAAGGGUCCACCACACAUGACCGUCUUUGUGACUCAGUGCAAGGUGGGCACGAUCGUAACGGAAGGCGAAGGCACCGGCAAGAAGCUAUCGAAGAAACGUGCCGCGGAAAAAAUGCUCGAAGAGCUACGCAAACUGCAAAGCGCAGAACAGCAGCAAACGCACCCAUCGGCAUGGGGCGAAGGCGGAAGCCCCGGUGCAGUUGGAGGUAAUUCACACGGUGGCGAGAAACGUAAAUCGAACGCAAAAUCAACGGUCACCGCCGAUGGUGCAACGGCAAAGAAGAAAGCACGAAAUCUUAUUAAGGAAAAAUCGCUAGCGGACGUUGCGGAAAAGGAGAACCCCAUUUCCCGCCUGAUGCAGAUCCAGCAGGCACGCAAAGAGAAGCAACCGGUGUACACGCUGGUGGAAAACGACCGGCCAAAUGUUGGCCGUCGCCGACAGUUUACGAUUGAGGUUAGUGCGGGUGGGCGGCAGGCAACCGGUGUUGGUAUGACGAAAAAGGCCGCUAAAUGGAAUGCAGCCGAAGCGCUACUGGUGGAGCUGGGCUACGUUACGGAAGCGAAGGGAACACCGAGCGGUGGUGGUGAGGGAGUGGCUAACAAGGAAAACCAAUCCGGCGUGGCGAACGAUUCGUCUCCGACGGGUGGAAAGCGUUCGCGGAAGGUGCGAUUCCAGGACGAGCAAAGGAACGGUGUGCCAUCGGCGAAUCAAAUCCUCUCAAAUGCCACCACGAAUUCGAACGGUGCACAACAGGGAAAAGGUGAAGCACCGAAUGAUUCGAUGAACGAUAGCGUCGCCUCCAAUGACAGUAUGGGAACAAACAGUUCCGGCGUGUCCAGUGCGUCCUCGGUCGUACCGAAAGCUGAUAUAGGUGCAAAGAAGGAACAGCUGCUAUAUCUGGCUCAGCUGCUGAAGUUCGAGGUACAAUUUUCCGAUUUUCCGAAGGGCAAUCAUGGAGAAUAUCUGACACUGGUUAUACUAUCAACGGAACCGCCCCAGCUUUGCCAUGGCAAUGGUGCAAGUCUCCAGGAAAGUCACGACGCAGCGGCCCGUGGAGCACUAGAAAUGUUGUCCAAAAUCGGUUUGGAUAACGUCAAACCCAAAGCAUCGGCGGCCAGUAGCAGCGGACCGGACGAUACAACAAGCUCCUCCGCAUCGGUUGCGGUAACGGCAACACCACCAGCCGGUGGUACACUUAACAGUAAAUAA